AUGUCAAAUAAUGAAGAGAUUUUACAAUUUAAAGAAUUUAGUAGUUUUGUAAAUAUAUCGUUCUGGCAUGAGUUGGCACAGAUGAAGCUUGAUGUCUUCAAGUUGAGUGAUAAAGAAGUACCGAUCAAUGCAUACUAUAGCUACUCACAAGCUGCACAGCUAGAUCCAUACUUGUGUUUAGAGUACAAUGCAUUCCAACCAUCAUCGUUAGACAUCAAAGAUUUGUCACUAGACAAAGAACAACGGCCUUUACUAUUCAAAGCACCACCGAAAUCAUUGAUCUCCAACGGUAUACUCUAUAACUUUAAUACAAAAGAAGAUUUCAAAAAUACAUCGAAAGCGAAAAAGUUAUUUGAAGAUCUUACAAAAACUAUUUAUGCUGAUAUUUUAAGUGGUGCAGCAGAAGAAGAUCCAUCGAAAUUAUGUCAGUUCUUGUUGAUGACUUUUGCCGAUAUUAAGAAUCACAAUUUCUAUUAUAUGUUUGGUAUUCCAGCGUUGUCAUUUAGUACUCCUAUCACUACGGUUGGAGCAUGUCAACCGUUAGGAUCGUUCUUUAAUGAGAAUCAAUUGCAAUCAUUCAAGAGUGGUGUACAGUCUUUGAUAUCAUCUACAUCCGGUGUUUUCGUUGUAAAGAAAUCGACAUCCGAUCAAUCGACUGUUGAACUCGGAAAGUUGAAUGAAUGGAACAAGUUCUAUCCAAAUGUUGCGGAUGACGCAGAGGUACCAAUCGUUGCAUUCUGUGAUCCAUGUAACUUGCCUAGCAAUCCUGGUUGGCCACUUAGAAAUCUGUUGUACCUGUUGGCCGUUAGACACAAGGUGUCAAAGCUUAAUGUCAUCUGUCUUAGAGAUCAGAAGGGUUCGCUUGUUGACAACUCGAUCGUUCUAACUGUACACCUCCCAACUGAGACAUCGACAGCUGGUGUUGCCGACCCGAAUAUAAUUCCAAAGUCUGUGGGUUGGGAGAAAGACGCCAAUGGAAAGAUCCUACCAAAGUCUGUAUCGUUGGCAUCGACAAUGGAUCCUUUGAAGCUGGCCGAACAAUCGGUCGAUCUCAACUUGAAGCUGAUGCGUUGGAGAAUCCUACCGAGCUUGGACUUGGAGUUGAUAAAGUCGACCAAGUGUUUGUUGUUGGGUGCGGGAACACUCGGUUGUAAUGUUGCGCGUUGUCUUAUGGGUUGGGGUGUUAGAACGAUUACGCUGGUCGAUAGCGGUAAGGUGUCCUAUAGCAACCCGGUGCGUCAGACACUCUUUAACUUCCAGGACUGUGUUGGCGCGAAAGGCAAGGACAAGGCAACUGCCGCUUCCGAAUCGCUCAAGAGCAUCUUCCCGGCGGUAGAUGCCAGUGGUGUCGUUCUCUCCAUUCCCAUGCCUGGACACACUGUUGCCGAGCAUCUUGUCGACCAAACAAAGGCGACCUACGAGCAACUCCGUCAACUAGUUGCUGACCACGACGUCAUCUUCUUGCUAACUGAUUCUCGUGAAUCAAGAUGGUUACCAACUAUUCUCGGUAGACAACUCAAUAAGAUUGUUAUCAACACAGCGCUCGGAUUCGAUACUUUCCUUGUGAGUCGACACGGUCAGAAUGUAGCUCACGCCAACGAGAACUCUUCAGGCGACGCCAAAACAACUGGAUCCGAUCUAGGUUGCUACUUCUGUAAUGAUAUCAUUGCACCUACCGAUACGUUGAAAGACCGUACUCUCGAUCAACAGUGUACAGUCACCAGACCCGGACUCUCCUACAUGGCAUCGGGAAUGGCAGUGGAACUAAUGGUAUCGCUUCUUCACCAUCCGAUUCAGGGUCGUGCACCCGCCGAAACCUCAACCGACAUCCACUCGGGAUCGUCCACCCCGCUCAGUAUCUUACCACACCAACUCCGUGGAUUCCUCUCACACUUUAACACACUACCACUGUUUGGUCACGCCUUUAAGAAUUGCACAGCUUGCUCACAGCCACUAUUAGAUCAGCUCAACUCACGUGGAUUCGACUUUGUCUUGGAGGUACUCAACGAUUCCUCAUGUCUCAUUAAAUACGCAGGAAUAUCUGAACAAUUGGCAACAGAAGGUGUAUCAAUCGAUUGGGAUGAAGAUUUGUUAGAAUCAUCGUCUGACGAUGAAUAA